AUGGAUUCUCAACUCACCCGUGCAUCGGGAAAGUCAGCGAAGCCACAGGAGGCAGAGGAUACUGCCACCAGUUUCACCGUCGGCAAGCCUUUACAACUGAAGCAGUCCAAAGCCAGCCAAAUGGACGAUGUGUUAAGCUGGACACCAAAGGGUCGGAAUCCCGUUGUGUGGUCGGACAACUCCAGCUAUUUAGAAACAGAAGAUCUUCACGACAGCAGCCGCCUGCAGAUCGCUUGGAACGGUGACAACAAUGAAACUCAGUCGAACCACAGCAAAGGAUCAGAAUCGAGCGGCUCUAACUCAACCAACAACGACACCCAAUCGAUGUUGCACUUCAAGAACUCACUUCAAACCAAUCCACUCAACCGGUACAAGGCAGAUAUAACGACCACAGAGGCCAAAUCUUCGCUCGUUUACCACAAAAGGAUGGCACGCCAGUACUCAGCCAAAGAACGAACCCCGGAGCAAACGGAGAUGCGUCGACGCAACACGGAAGCGGCACGUGUCAGCAGAGCCAAGGUGAAGAUGGCGGAGCAACUGAUGCAGGACGAAGCGAAUGACCUGAGUACGGUAAAUACGGCCUACAAACAAGAGAUCGCAUCACUUUUGACAUAUGCGAAUGAGCUGUCGAGGCGGCUGGGCAUGCGAACGGUGGAACUGCAAAUUUUGGAACGAGUCGGACGAAGAACUAGCAAUAUUGCAUAA